AUGAGUCUUCUUGAAAAAAGAUCUCACUUUAUUUUACCUAUUUUUCUUUUAUAUAUUUUUCUUUUCGAUUUAUCAUAUUGUAUUGAAUUUACCACAACAAUUGAUCAAGAAAAAUAUUCAUGUUCUAGUUUUAUUGAUAAUACAUUUGAAGAUAAAGCAUUAAGAUCAUUUUAUAAUAUAUUGAAUGAUAUUAUACUUCAAGUAUCAAAACCAUUUCCACAUCAAGAUUUAUUAAAUAAUGAUGAACUAGAUAAUAUGGGAAAUGGAGUUGUUCAUUCAAUUCAAUAUAAAUCAACAAAAUGGUUUCAAUAUAUUCAGGGAUGGUUAAUAAUAGCAUUUAUAUUUCUUUUUAUAACAUUUAGUUUUCCAAUAUUAUGGAUUAUUUAUCGUAUUUGUUCAUAUUGUUCAAUGACAAAAAAUGAAUCACAAGAGUCAUUAGAUUAUUCUUGUUUUCGUAAAUAUUUUCUUAAUUUUAUUCUAAUAAUUAUUGUUGUUAUUAAAUUAAUUAUAUGUGGUUCAAUAUUUAUGAGUUUAAUAUAUGCUGAGUAUGGUGGUGAUAAAUUACCAGAUCGUAUAGGAACAUGCUUCAAUGAUCUUAGUUUAUAUAAAAGGAAUACUGAUGCUGCUUUUAGAAAUUUAUUGAUAGAAAAUUUUAAAGAACUUAAUGCUUCAAUGGUUAGUUCAAUAUCAAGAGGUGGUAAUGAUAUUAUAGAAAAUGUCAAAAAGAACACUGGUAAUAAUAUUUUAGAUACUAUUAGAAAUAAAACAGAAAUUGUUAAGAGGCUUGUUAAAGAUUUUGAAAACCUUUAUAAUUCAACAGAGGAGGCUGCGAAAGGUGUGAAGAGGUUAAAAAAUGAAUGGGAAAAAUUUAAAAAUUUAUCGAGAAAAGAAUUAAUAGAAUGUAUAGAUAAAAAUCAAAUGCCAGAAAGUGGAGUUUGUAGGAUGUUUAAAGAUCAUUUAGAAACAUUACCUAAUCCAAUUGAAGAAAUACCAAAAAAUGUUAUGUUAAAAGAUUUAAUAAAUUUAUUAAAAGAUUAUGAAAAAGUUAAUCUUAUUGAACAUUUAAAUAGAAUUGAAGCACCAUUUAAUGAAUUAGAAGAUAAGGUUCAAUUAAUUUUAAAUACACAUAAACAUAUUGUAUUUAAUAAAUUAAAAAUUGCUGGUGAUUAUUUAUUUACAUUAUCAGAAAGAAUUACAGCACAAUUAAGAUUACUUGAUUUUAAUAAAUAUUCUACUCAAAUUAUUCAUCAUUUUGGACCAGAUAGUUAUUAUCCAAUAAUUUUAAAAUGGAUAUGGAUUGGUGGAUUAAUUAUAGGAUUUAUUUAUGCUAUUAAUUCUUUAUGUUAUAUGUUAGCUAUUUUAUAUGGUAUAUUUGGUAAAAAGACUGAUUUUUAUGAAACUGAUUGUUGUAGUAAAAGUACAGGUGGAAAAUAUAUGAAUUGUGGAAUAUGGACAUCUAUUAUUACAAUGACAAUACUUUCAAUUAUUACUGUUUUAUUAAUGAUUACUACAACAAAUACAAGUAAUUUAGUUUGUUUACCAUACAAAAACCCAUUUCAAAGGAAUGAUAUUUUAUCUAUGUUAGAGCGUAUAAUACAAAGAACAAAUCAUACUGGAAUUACAAAUGGUGAAUUUGCCAUAUUACGUGAAGGUCGUAUGCCUUCUGAUAUAAUACGUGCCUGUGGUCGUAAUGAAACAUUUUAUAAAAUGUUUGGUCUUGAUAAUACUUACCAUUUUCUUGAUCUUUCUUCAUAUCGUCAAGAAUUUGUUAAUGUUGAAAAAGAAUUAGAACAAUAUAUUCAUAAAAUGACUGGACAGUAUGAUUUUAAAGAAUAUUUAGAUGAUCAAUUUAAAACAGCACUUAGUAUGAUACCAAAUUUAAAUGAUAUUAAUAAAUGGCAAGAUUCACUUAAUACUGAAUCAUUAAAAGAAACAUUAGAAAGAAUGGAUUUAACAACAUAUAUAAAAGAUUUAAAUUUAUUUUUAAGUAAUAAUCCUAUACCAUCACCAAAUAUUGAUGCAAUUAAAAGUUUAAUGGGAAAUCUUGAAUUAUUAGAAAAAGAAAAUGCUUCACCUUUAAGAAAUGAUAUUAGUAAUAUUAUAAAAAAUAUGGAAAAAUUUUCAUUAGAUUUAUCACAAUUAAAUAUAAAUUUUCAAGAUUUACGUGAUCGUUUAAUAAUGGCACAAUCAACAAUUGUUAAAGGACUUCGUUCAGAGAUAUCAUCAUCAACAAAAGAUAUUAUAAAUAAAUGGAAAAAUGAUGUUGAAGAAUAUUUAAGUUAUAUUAAAAAAAAGAUGAAUGAAGAUGUAACGACAUGUAAACCAAUUGCAGAUAUAACAAGAGGAAUAUUUGCUUCAGUAUGUAAUCAAAUAGUUGAUCCAUUAAAUGGUAUCUGGGCUGCAAUGAUGUUAUAUAUAUUUUUAUCAAUACCAAUGAUAAUUAUUGGUAACUAUGUUAUUAAAGAAUACAAAAAUACUUUAUCAUAUAAUAAUUGGAGAAAAAAUAAUAGACUUUUUUCACCUGCAUAUCAAAGUCCAAUUGGUAAUACCUUUGCAACAGAUGCUUUUGAAAUAAGAAAUAAAGAUGUUAAUCCUUAUGGAGUUCCAGCCGAAAUAUUUAAUAAUCCCUCAACAAUAAAACCAUAUGGAAUUUAUAGAAGUUAG